UUUGUUGGGGGCUGUGGGAGAUAGCAAAACAUUCGCGUGAGGCUCUUGACACUUGCUCAAGAAGGGGAAAUAAGGCACAGAGACUUUUUUUUUGGUCUGUUCCAGGUGCUUCCAGCCAAGCCGAGAACAAACCCUGGGACCCUAGUAUCAUGUCUAGCUUCUGGAAAACAGCAACUCUUUUUCUGAUCUGGUUCUUGCCUGCUUUCAUAUGGGAAACUUUGUGAGUCCCUGUGAGCUGAGGGUAGGGGAUUUCUGUAAAAUACACUUCUGAGUAGAUUCUCAUCACUUUCCGUUUGGAUCUCCCACAGUCCUGUCUGCCCUUUGGUCCUUAUUCCUUGUCCCCAUUUUUUAGGCAGCAAUGCUGGAGUCUAUCCUCUUGACUAAGCUGUUGCAUUUUAAUUUUCAACAGGCCCCUAUUGCUCUUGCACCUUGUGUGUGGUCUUUGAACCUUAUGUGGCUCGGCAGCUGGGAAUAGUGAGUGGGUGGGCAAUUUAAAACAGAAAAGACUCUGUAUCAGCACAGGGCUGAGGUUUGAACUCUGCUCAGCUUUGGAUACGUGUAGCUGGUUCUCAGGGCUGUGAUUUAAGUGCUGUUUUGCUGUUGUCAAUGUGAAACCUAAAUCAGUGCUAAGAAACUGGUAGGGAUGAAAAAAACUUUGCCUGUCUGAUAACGAGUGUUACUCUUGGCCCUGAUGAAAAAUUGCAAGAUCAGGACACCUUAGAAUUUGUAUUCUGCUGUUUUGUCACCAUUUUGCCUCCCCAACUCGGAAAACAAGGAAUGUCUAAUAUGAUGCCAGGGUUUCUUUGUUGGAGUAUGUUUAUGAGCUGUUUCAUGCUGUGUAGGACACAAUUCUGAUUCUGAGUUUCCUGAGGAUAUGGAUUGCUGAUGCAGAGAGGCAGAUGAGGGUGACUGCACAGAUUCUCUCAUCCUGUGCUUGCUAUUCCAAACCGCAUUGGAUCUUGUAGCAUCCACUGACUUAAAAAAGGACCUCUAACAGUAAAUUGGUCCCUAAAAGCAAUUAACUCAUAUUUGGAGGCAGCAGACUAUUCUGUAUUGAAAGUGUGAGUAAACAUUUCUACUAAACAUGUGCAAGAGGUGAUACUUGCCCUGAUGGAAGCUGUGGCAGACAGAUCCCAUGACAGUUCUCUUGUGGGGGCAAAUACUAUUCAAAAGAGGACAGCAAUCUUCUGAAACUUGUUUGAGGACAAGACAAGUAGAUGCAGAGGCAAAUAAUCAGAGCAAUCAAACAGUUCUCCCUGAACAGUUGUCAAGACCACCAAUAUAUACAUUCUGUGCCAUGAGUUUGUGGUGGUGAGCAUGAUAUGCAUGCACCAUAGCAACAAGAUAUUAAUCAUCAGCACAGACAGGCACAUGUUGGGGUAAGUCUUCUGAGAUGCAAGUCGUAGGCUGAUCUGGUAUACACAACAAGCCCCAACGGUACCAGUUUCAGUGCUACCUCCAGCAUCACUGCAUAGUUGAAUUCAUUACAACUGAGUUUACGUCUUUCUCUGAAGGAUCCAAACUUUGGGCCUUGUGUAAAAAUGUCUAGACACGAAGAACAACUUCUCUUCCAGUUCUAUGUCCCUCUCUCUUUGUAGUUUUCAGUUACACACCCUGGGCAACUUCUUUGCUGGUGAGACACCACUGACUGGAGUGGCACUGUGCCAGCACAGUCUUUGGCACUCUGAGUGAUGGCAGGGAUUUUCAGAAGAGCUCAAGUGAGAAGGCUAUGAGCCCAAUUCCUCUUACAUUUGGUCAGUAGCCUGCUCUUGGCUUGUCAGCAUCUCUGCAAGGCCACUGGUGCCCAGUGCAGGCACUUCCCACUUGCCAGCAAUCUGAAGAGAAAUAACAGACAAUUUAGUGGCACAAAACUUUCUGUUUCAGCAGUUUGUUUUAUUUACCUAGAUUUUUCUUUGAAGAUGACACACCAGGAAAGUGCAUCUAUACCAACCAAAGCACCCAGACCACUAUGCUGAAGAGUUUGGCAUGCAUUUUCAAUUGUGAAGAUUCAGGUGUGCACUGAUACAACUCGUCCAAACUCAACAGAGCUGAUCCUGAUGUACACAAGGACACUCAUAUUCAGAUUACCUAGCUCUCCUCCUCCUCUUCCCCUCAAGGUCUUUCUGCUCAUGUCAUGUGGAAUGGCAUAAGUUCAGGUAUGGAUCAGAGAGACUUUGAAAUGGAAAAUCAGAGGAUACCGCAGGCCAUAUUGGAGAAGAGCUGGCAGAGUGGUGAGGGUUAGGACUAAGGUAGGCUUGUAUGGGGUGCUGUGUUUGGAGUCCCAGAGGCCAAAAAUAAUGAAUACUUGCAGAACUCUGUGUGAGUAACAAAUGGCUUAUCCUGUCUAGUGUAAUGAUAAAAUGUUACAUAGUGGGAUUUUAAAAAUAAAUAUGUUUGGUUUGUUUUUUUUUUUGUUUGUGGAGUUUUUUUUGUUGUGUGUUUUUUUGUUUGUUUUUUUUUUUUUUUAAAGAAAGAUUAAAGCAACCGCUAUAGCUAAACAUACUGCUUAACUCUGAUAAGAUGCCAGAAUUACACGAUUUCUACUGUGUAACACGGUUCUUUGUGUGGGCAUAGCAGCCUCUCCCCAUACCUAGCGGAUACACUGUAGGGAAUUUUUGCAAAUGUGAAUAUUGCCUCUUGUAAGGUCAUCGACUAAAGAAAGUUAAAUACAUUGUAUGAAGAAAUUUUAUGUCUUGUGUGUUUCCUUGAGAGCAUCAGAAAAUAGUGCUACAUAAAAUUAUCCGUAUUACAUGCAUAGCAAGAACCUUCUGUGCAUAUUGUUUUUCAAAAUGUAUGGCCUCUGCCCUGCCAUACCUUCCAUCAAACUCAUGCUGGUAAUUUGAAAAUGAAGGACUCAAUGUAAAAGCAAGUCAGUCUGGUUCCCAAGGUAUCUCCACCACUCAAUUAGCACGUAGAGAGAGGCUUGGCAUUAGACUCUGCCUCCAGUGCUCAGAGUCUUCAGCUUACUGCCAUUACACUGCCAUGGUACUGCUCCCUCUUUAGUUCAUAAUCUGACAGACAUGCCUGCAGAGACUGGGCCCUGCCGGUAGAUGUAUCUCCGUUUCCCUCCUGCUUCUGCUCCACAGCUGCACUCACUUUCCUAUUGCAUGACACAAUGCUCACUUUCUACCCAAGCUUCCCAUUACUGAGUACCUGGUUAUGCUUGUACAUACUGGGACCCUCAUGCAGUCAAUAAGGGCUUGUUGUCUCAAGAGGUACCAAACUUGGAAUGGUUUUCCAGGUGCAAGGGAAAGACCACAAGCACAUCACCUCCACAACGAGGUCUUCAGGAUUGGCUGGGCAAUGCAAAGCAAUGGGUUGUGGGUCUACUUGUGCAGUUGGGAAGGCAGGGAAAGAUCUUCAGGGACAGGUAGUCUCUGUGGCUGUGGGUCAGCCAUGCCCUGGGCCCCCGGCAUGGAGGUGACAAGAGGACAUGCACACCCUGAGGCACGAGCUUGUGCCUACAGCAGCUUUUGCCCCAGAGAGCCAGACCAAAGGAACGCGGUUUGUGGACCAUGAGUUUUUAAUAAGCGACCGCGACAGAGACCCUCAGUGUAACCUGCAUUGCUCCAGGUCCCAGUCCAAACCCCUGUGUGCCUCUGACGGCAGAACAUACGAGUCCAUGUGCGACUACCAGAGAGCCAAAUGCCGUGAGUCAAGUCUGAGCGUGACACAUCGUGGCCGGUGCAAAGAUGCUGGCCAAAGCAAGUGUCGAUUAGAGAGAGCUCAAGCACUGGAACAGGCAAAGAAGCCCCAGGAAGCAGUCUUCAUCCCAGAAUGCAAUGAGGAUGGAUCAUUCACUCAGGUGCAGUGCCAUACCUACACUGGAUACUGCUGGUGUGUGACACCUGAUGGCAAGCCUAUUAGCGGCUCUUCUGUACAGAACAAAACUCCUGUAUGUUCAGGUUCUGUAACUGAUAAACCAUCAAGCCAGGGUAAUUCAGGAAGGAAAGUUUCUUUUCGGUUCUUUUUAACCCUCAAUUCAGAUGAUGGUUCGAAGCCAACGCCUACCAUGGAAACCCAGCCUAUUUUCGAUGGAGAAGAAAUCACAGCACCAACCCUUUGGAUUAAGCACUUGGUCAUCAAAGAUUCCAAAUUGAACAGCUCCAGUAUAAGAAAUUCAGAGAAAGUUCACUCCUGCGACCAGGAAAGGGAGAGCGCCCUGGAGGAGGCCAGGCAGAAUCCCCGUGAGGGUAUUGUCAUCCCCGAGUGUGCUCCUGGAGGACUCUACAAACCAGUGCAAUGCCACCAGUCUACUGGGUACUGCUGGUGUGUCCUGGUGGACACAGGACGUCCUCUGCCUGGUACUUCCACUCGCUAUGAGACUCCAGUGUGUGAAAGUGAUGCCAGAUCGAAGAGCACAGAGGUUGAUGAUCCAUUCAAGGACAGAGAACUUCCAGGCUGCCCAGAAGGGAAGAAAGUUGAAUUUAUUACCAGCUUACUUGAUGCUCUGACAACAGACAUGGUACAGGCUAUUAACUCAGCAGCACCUACUGGGGGUGGGAGGUUCUCUGAGCCAGACCCCAGCCACACACUAGAGGAGCGAGUGGUACACUGGUAUUUCAGCCAGCUGGACAACAACAGCAGUGAUGAUAUCAACAAGCGGGAGCUAAAGCCUUUCAAACGUUAUGUAAAGAAGAAAGCCAAGCCCAAGAAAUGUGCCCGACGUUUCACUGACUACUGUGAUCUCAACAAGGACAAGUCGAUCUCGCUUCAGGAACUGAAAGGGUGUUUGGGAGUCAGCAAGGAAGGAGCUACUACAACACCAGGUAGCCUGAGCAGUUUGCCCAAUGGAAAAAGACAAGGCCUUAACCCUUUCAUAGGUCGCCUGGUGUAGCAGCAGAAGACGGGAAGGGAAGGCAGGAGCUGACCCAAAGGAAGGAAAGAUCCAGUGACAGAUGGACAGACACCUUGCUGCUUGUGAGCAAGCAUGCAGCAUCAGCAACAUCCAGCGUAGCAGAAGUGGCACCCAGAAUUUUUGCACUUUUUAAUAAUUGGUUUGGGUUUGGUUUUAAUUGCUUUUCAAUGCCAUAAUCUAAUACUUUGGAGAGUGGAGAGAAGCAGGAUCAUGACUUUUUAAAAUUGGAACAGCUACUGAUGAUGUAAAAUUGAGUUCACUGGGACUCAAAGACUUUUAUAUACUGUAUAUAAAUAUAUAUGUAAAUUGUACAGUUGUCUUGUACAGGGUUGGAGUCACUGUUCUAUUCCUCCCUUUGCUUUUGAAGGCUGUUACGGCUAGAGAGACAGUUUAGCUUUACUGGAUUACAGUAAUGCAUUCAUUUCUGCCACCAAACCAUCAUUCAGUGACAAACCUUAACACUCCCAUGCGGAAAGGAGCCAGUGUAUCAGCAUGACUUGUUCUUGCAGAUGUGCACACAGUGUGCCAGAUACCAAAUGCUUCUUGAGAGCAUCUGAACCCCCUUUCUUACUGUAAAGCCUGUGCAACUCACAGGCAAUUGGGCUUUUGAGAGCACAGAUAUCAUGUAAGUAUUGGUGCACUGCAAAGCUGCUUAAAGUAGGGAUAGAAAAGGGUUGUAUUAAGGACAUAUAAAAGUAGUUUCUGCACCUGUUGCAAGUUGGACAGAAACUAAUUACAAUUGCAUUGCUAUCCAGGCUCAGAUGAUAUACUUAAGAAAGAUGUACCAUGCCUCUGGAAUCUAACGCUGUAGGAAUGAUGUGGGAGCUGUAGGUCUAGCAGAGUCAGGGGAAGGAAGCUGUACAUCUUCCUCUUUGACUAAGUGUUCAUCUAUAUGUCAUACAAGAAUAAAAAUACUAAGAAUCCUGCUAAAAGCAGCAUUACCUGCCUGUUGCUUGCCUGAAGAGCAAAGAACAUAGUUGUCAAUGCAGAAAGACACAAUCAUGCUGCUGGUCCCCAAGUGUCUGCUUUACUUAUGUUUCAACACUACAGCCUGGCCUGUGCUCACUGGUGACUGUCUGUCAGAAAUGACUAUUCUUGUCCUUGAUGACUGUGAAUCCAAGCUUCCCUCCUGCACAGUGGUGUGCCUGCCUAGUUUAGAGUAUCCACUCUUCCUAAUUUGCUGUUACCAGUGUUAUCUGUGUAAGAUGACACUGGAGUCUGAUGAACAAUAACAGUGAAGGCUUGGAGUGAGGAGUCUGGUGUUCUUGGAGGCCACAGGGGAUUUUUCAACAACUAGAAGUUUUACCAAAGUUGUUUCUUUUGCAGGGGCACCCAUAUCAGUAGUCCUAGGUUUGGGCAGAGCGUGAUGGGACAGUGUUUUGCUUUAUGUAUUUCCAACCACUGGCAGCACUCACCUGUUCUGAGAAGCCUCCCACUUCAGACCUGGUGACCCUUAUGCCACUUGUCUCUGUUAGAAGAAACUGUAGUCAGAGAUGAUGAUAUGCCACGCUAAUGAGAUCACACCAACAAUUGCUUGCAACAGCACUGGGUUACUGUAGAGACUGGAGUCAUUCUUUGAGUCUAUAUCCCCGUUGCUUUGGUAAAAGAUGUUACAACAAAGCAUCUUCACUCUGUGUCAUGUCAUCAUGAGAAUAGUAUUAGAUAAAUACAUCACAAACAAAAGUGUCCUGAUGCAGUAAGUUAGUGAUUGUUGGCAAAAUGGAAAGUUACAAAAAAAAGAAAAGCAAAAAAAUAGUUCUGCAAGUAACUGUUUAAGUGUAGUAAUAACUUCUGGGAAGUAGAUUGGAGCUAAUUAAAACAUGUAGCUUGGUUGAAAACACCUCUUGUAAUCUCUGAAAUAUACAUCACACCACCAUAAUAUAAAGAUGUCGUCUCUCUAGCAAGAGCAGAUCCUGCUGCUGGAUAUUCAUGGUUUCUCACAUACAAUGUAUGUGCUUUUCUGGUCUGCAAGCUCCCACCUUCUUGAUUGCUUCUUCCCUUUUUUUUUUUCCUUCCUUUUUUUUUAAAUGCCCAGGGCAUAUCUUUUGUGUGUUGAAAUAAUUUGGUUUACUGUAUAGUUAGAAAUGUCCUUGUCACACUCACUAAUUCUAUUGUAGGAGUAAAGAAUGAAUCCAAUGUACAAAAAAAACCCCUUUCCUUUUAAAUAUGCUAGUUUUAGGAAUUUAAAGAUCUGGCUGCUGGGUUGGUUGGUGUUUGGUGGUUUGGGGUUUUGGGGUCUUUUGGGGGGGGUGGGGUUUUUUUUGUUUGUUUGUGUGUUUGUUUUUUAAUGUAUAGUUGCAUCAGCAGAAGCAACCAAUUGGAUGCCUAUAGGAGUUGUGUCAGCCAGGCACUGGGGCUGGGCAAUGCCCCACAGGACUGUGGGGGGACUACAGAACUGCUAAAACUCACUGCAUCUUUUCUUCUGGAAAUGUAAAUAAAUCACCCAGCCAACACUCCUACCUGUCACAUAAAUUCUUCUGCUGACUUCCUUUUUUCUCAUCCUUGUGUCCUUCCCCUCCAAGAGGCCUGCAUUCACAUAAAGUUCGCAAUUAAAAUUGGGUCAGUUCUUCAAGGAAGCCAGACAAGGGGUGGCUGUUGAUUAGCUCUGGCAUUAGUGGGUGUUCAUGUUGCUAUGCUAGAGCUGACUCUAUGGAUGGAUUGGGGACCAAGCAUUAUAUUGCUCCCCUUUUACAAGACAAGUCCAAGUCCCUGCAUCCUGAUCUGUGUGGGUCUCUGAGCAGCUUCUGGUAAUACUUGUACACUGCCAUGGAAGAUCCAAAAAGCAUGAUUGUGUAAUGUCCAAGUAGAUGUUAGGUUACUUGUUCUGAUUUUGUGUUGGAGGAUCAUGCAGACAGUACUGGUCUUGAUUAAUACAACCCAUGCUAUGAGCUGUCCAAACACUGUAUUCAUCAGAAGAGCCUCAGCUGCCUGCUUCCCCUGUUGCUUUCAUUGCCAAAAACCUGGCCAGUCCAUGUGGCUGCCAGGCCAAAUGUGUCCUUAUCUGGUGGUGGUAAGCAUUCUUCUGCUCUGCCUUGCAUCAGUAGCAUUUUACUGAAGCUGGGACAUGGGGAGUGUCAGUGUUGUGUCUGGAAGCAGACACUGUGCAGGUGUCUCCUCAAGUUUCAAGUCUUCCUGGGCCUCUCCUGCUCUACUUUGAAUGACAGCUGAAAACAGCAGAGAAGAGAACCAAGACCCCACAGUGCAAGUCAUCUGUUCCUCCUACCAAAAGAUAAAAAUCUUUCCUUUUUUGCUGAUCCUCCAAGGGCAUAGUAUGUUGGAGGAAACUGCAUUAUGGUGGGAUUCACAUGUGUGAAGGCACUGCUUUCCAUGGCUUGAGUUUAUAUUGAACUUACCCUGCCCCAGCACAUUUUUGCCUAUGGCAUCAUUUGUUAAACUGAAAGGCAUCUGUUUAGUUUUGGUUUUGUAAUAAAAUAGAUAACUUUUA